AUGGUGGCCCUCGAUGGAGACAUAAAUAAGGACGACGACUGUGAAAAUAUUGGGCUCGGAUGCGCUCUAGAACACUUUUCCGAAGUCGAAGAUGUACUGAACAUGAUAGAAAAUGUGAAAAAUAUUUAUAACACACCAUCAUUCGAAGUCGAAUAUGACAAAUUGUACACAAUUUUGAAACAGUAUUAUGAACAACCGCAUUUACUUGAUCCACAUUUGGAUAAACUACUCGCGAAAUUUAUGUCUAUUAUUAAAGAUAAGGAAAGCCCGAUUGAGUUAAAAAAUGCAACAUUUAAUUACAUGUAUCAAAUUAUUCGAGUAAGGGGCUACAAGGUGGUUGUGAGGCAUCUCCCACAUGAGGUGUCUGAUCUUUUAACAGUGCUUUCCACGCUAGAAGCCCAGGAUCCGAAUGAUAAAGAGACUUGGAGAAGCAGAUUUGUUUUGUUGCUCUGGCUUUCCAUUGUAGUGAUAAUACCAUUCCAUAUGAGUAGACUGGAUGGAUUUGCCCCCAAUGCUUCAGGGGCUGGUUCUUCAAAGAAAUUAACUGUUAUGGAGAGAAUACUCAAUAUCUGUAAGACUUAUGCAUUAAGUAAAGACAGCUGCGCCGAGGCCAGUGCUUAUUUGACAUCAAAAUUUUUAAUAAGAUCUGAUGUAAAAGAGUUGUACAUGAGCCAGUUCUUUGACUGGGCCUGUGAAUUACAUUCCAAUAUACAAGAGGAAGAAACUAUUCAUUAUGGAGUCUUAGCUGCUGUAGCUGCUGUUUUAAAACAUGGCAAACGAGAUGACCUCCUGCCUUUCACACCCAAGUUACUGGAAUGGGUGACGACUCAGAACUACCAGCAACAUAAGGCUAUGUUGGUACGGAAGUAUGGAGUCAAGAUUGUGCAGAGAAUUGGUCUAACAUUUCUCCGCCCACGCGUGGCCUCCUGGCGUUACACACGAGGAGCUCGCUCGCUGGCCGUCACACUAGGAGCCGCAGCCGCUGGAGACAAUGAACCGAUGACUGUAGACCCCGAUGACGACGACCAAGAUAUACCACAAGAGGUUGAGGAUGUAGUGGAACUGCUCCUUCGUUCUCUUCGUGAUGAAGAUACAGUCGUUCGUUGGUCGGCCGCUAAGGGCGUGGGUCGUAUUGGAGCUCGCCUUCCCGCUAUGGCCGCCGCUGAUGUAUGUGACAGUGUACUGACUUUGUUCGCUGACAAUGAGCGUGACACUGCCUGGCACGGCGGGUGUAUGGCUUUGGCUGAACUAGGUCGCCGCGGUCUCAUCUCUCCCCGCCAGCUGUCGUCCACAGUUCGUUGUUGUUCAGCGGCCCUAGCUCGUGAUGAGCCUCGCGCGUCGGGCGGCGGCGGCGGCGGCGGCGGUAGAGCUGCCAGAGACGCGGCCUGCCACGCCGCAUGGGCCAUCGCGAGAGCAUACGACGCGACAGCCCUAACACCACACGCUACAGUACUAGCGAACGCCUUGAUAGCUACCGCCUGUUUUGAUAGAGAGAUCAACUGCCGCCGUGCCGCGUCAGCCGCCUACCAAGAGAACGUGGGUCGUCACGGUCUGUUCCCUCACGGUAUCGACGUGCUGACGGCCGCGGACUUCCAGUCCGUUGGUCCGAGGAACCACGCCUACCUUGUGGUGGCGCCGUACGUGGCGCGCUACGAGGAGUACACGCGCCCGCUCGUCGAUCAUCUCGUUAAUUUGAAAUUGGAACACUGGGACUGCGCCAUUAGAGAACUGGCCGCUAAGGCGCUCAAUGAACUGACUAAACAGACACCAGACUACGUGGCGAAGGAGGUUCUACCGAAAUUAGUGAAGAAGACGGAAUCUAUUGAUCUCAAUGUACGUCACGGAGCCAUACUUGGUAUCGGUGAAGCGAUAUACGCGCUCUCACAAACUGAACUACCCGACGGUAGCAAGGCGUGCGUGUUGAUAUCACCGGACGUGUGGCGCGGCGUGCUCGGCGUGUUGGAGACGCUCCGCGGCCGGCAGCAGCUGAGAGGACUGGGCGGGGAGCUCAUGAGGCAGGCGGCAUGCAGCGCGCUCGGCAGACUGGCGACUGCCGCCGCGCCCGUACACACCGCUGAUACACUGGAUGAAUGGCUGAAUCUAAUCGAGGAGUGUCUGUCUCAUGAAGUGCAGACGAUUAGAGAAAAAGCCAUCGACGCUCUGCCGAAAAUAUUCGAAGAAUAUCUGAAGGACGAUAAAGUCCAAUACUCUGAACUCAACGCUAAGGAGAAGAGAAUGCAACUGGUACAGAAAUACUGCGAGCAUUUGAACAACACCGGGGUCAAUGGACUCUUCCUCAGGAUGGGAUAUUCCAGAGCUCUUGGUUCCCUUCCGAAGUUUGUUUUGUUGGAGAGCCUGCAAUUAGUCAUCAAGUCGCUGAUACAGUGUACUAAAGUGACAGACGCAACCAUGAAGUGGGCGGAGGCUCGCCGGGACGCGGUGCUAGGGUUGACAGACGUGUGUCAAACUGUAGGGCUCCAGGGACAGAUGGAGCGGCAUGUGGAGGACGUUAGGGCAGCCCUAUUGGACUGUCUGGCGGAGUAUACUGUGGACAUGAGGGGGGAUAUAGGAGCCUGGGUGAGGGAGGCCAGUAUGACCGGUCUCGUUUCAUUGUGUAGUCAGUGUUCGUCGCAGGCGCCUCACUUGAACACUCCCUCGGCGGUAGCUGAUACUGCUCGCGGUCUGGCGCAGCAGGCCGUCGAGAAGAUAGACAGAACGAGGGCACAUGCCGGGAGACUGUUCACCGCGCUCAUAUACAAUGAUCCACCUAUAAACAAUAUACCUCAACACGAAGCAUUGAAGCGGAUAUUCCCCAACGAGAAGGACAAGAAGUGUGAUGAAGAGUGCAGAGAUAGUACGAGCGAGGGUGGGGUAAUUUUGUGGCUUUUCCCCGGACAUACUAUGCCGCGGUUCGUUCAGUUACUGCAGUAUGAUGAGUAUAGAUACCACGUGGUUAGAGGACUUGUGGUUAGCGCUGGGGAGCUUACUGAGAGUCUCGUGAAACACACUACCCAGGCGUUGUUUUCGUACCUCAAUUCCCUGCACUCGACCCCACGAACACUAUCCACCAUCUGUGACACUAUAGUACAAGUGUUCGCUGAUAACAUACACGUGAAGCGAAUCACAGGACCCAUGUUCAAUUUCCUCGAUAGGCUGCUAAGCUCUGGAUCAAUAUCUCCCAUACUAGAAGAUCCCGAGUCUACAUUCGCUAAGGAUAUAUUGAAAUAUUUGAAAUUGGAACUGAGAGGUGGAAAGAAUCUCUAUAAAUUGCUUGAUUCAAUCAACGUAUUAUGUCAGCUGUUACAGGUUGGUGGUGUGGUUUGGUCCAAUGCAUUGGGCCAACUCGUGGUGUAUCUUUGCUAUGGAGAGGGUUAUGUUCGUCGUUGUGCCGCUGCGAGGUUGUACGAGGCGUUGUCUCUGUACGGUGAUGUUAGUGAAGUACCGCCGGCUGCCCUAGAACAGGUGAUGACAAUACUCGCAGAAACUGAUUGGGAAAAAGACGUGACUGUAUUAAGACCUAUCAGAAACGAGAUCUGCGACCUCAUGGACAUAAAACGACCAGUUAUGAAGCAGAGACAGACAUAA